GUUCAUAGACUGCUACAGGAGGGGACUGAAAAAAGGCACUUCUUCAGGCUCCACCUUCAGAGACUCGCUUCAUUGGAAGAGAGCUAGGUACCGGUCGGCUGCAGCACUUGCAGAAAGUUUCAUACCUACCCCAGCUGCAUUCAGUUGGAAGUUUCCAGUUGCUCUGAGCAAAAAUGCCAGCAAGACCCACUACCCAGCUGGUGUGGCUCUGCAUUAUCACAGUGUCUGUGGCAAUCUGUCCAGCAGCACUGCUGCAGAAGCCUCCUAAAAGGAGAACAGUCAACGGGAACGCACAGUCCAAGAUGACAGGCUGCUGCGAUGAGAUUAAAGAGCUCAAGCUGCAGCUGGCUAACCUGAGCAGGAUGCUGCAGGAGCUGAGCAAGAAGCAGGAGGGCGACUGGGUGAACGUGGUCAUGCAGGUGAUGGAGCUGGAAGGAAGCACCAAGCAGAUGGAGUCCCGCCUCAUUGACGCCGAGAGCAAAUACUCCGAAAUGAACAACCAGAUAGACAUAAUGCAACUCCAAGCAGCUCAGACAGUCACACAAACUUCAGCUGUAGAUGCUGUCUAUGACUGCUCAUCACUUUAUCAGAGAAACUACCGAAUCUCCGGUGUUUACAAGCUACCCCCCGAUGAAUUUCUGGGGAGUCCAGAUCUGGAGGUGUUCUGUGACAUGGAGACAGAUGGAGGUGGCUGGACUAUCAUCCAAAGACGCAAAGUUGGUUUGACAUCUUUCAAUAGGGACUGGAAGCAAUACAAGGAAGGAUUUGGCAAUAUUCGGGGAGAUUUUUGGCUGGGAAAUGAAAAUAUCUACCGGCUUUCAAGACGUCCCACUGUUCUGCGAGUGGAGUUGGAGGACUGGGAAGGUAACAUACGCUACGCACAAUAUAAGCAAUUCACCCUGAGCAACGAAUUAAACAGCUACCGCCUUUUUGUGGGGAACUACACUGGCAACACAGGGCGCGACUCCCUAAGGUACCACAACAACACGGCCUUCAGCACGAAGGACAAGGACAAUGACAAGUGCGUGGAUGACUGCGCCCAGUUCCGUAAAGGUGGAUAUUGGUACAACUGCUGCACAGAUUCCAAUCUGAAUGGAGUUUACUACCGCAAAGGAGACCACACCAAAAACAUGGAUGGCAUCACCUGGUACGGCUGGCAUGGAUCAACCUACUCCCUGAAAAGAGUGGAGAUGAAGAUACGGCCAGAGGAUUUCAAACCUUAGAGAGAACGAAUAUUUGACUGUACAGCUACAUGACACUGCUGCACAGAAGGUGGGGCCCCUGACAACUCAAAACCAGCCACUUCAAUCGUCCACUUCCUCUAGGAUACACGCUAACACAACAGCUGCAUACUGGCUAUGUACACACAAGAACACUAAAGCAGACACCAGCCAAGCAACUGAUGUUAUCAGGGCUCAAACUUAUCUCCUCCUCUUAGGAUUCUUUCCAAAGAGAUAGAUAUUGUGUUAGAAUAGGCUAGAACAGAAUGCUAAAUACCUCCUGCACUUAGAGCACCUUCAGAACAUCUACCAGUGUGCUUCCACCAGCACGGUGACUAGUGGGUUGCCUUAGCGUUCAACCAGUUAGGCAGGGACUGUAAAAAGAAAGCCUCCUUGUUGCUAUUCCCUCAGUGUCUAGAUGAAGUAUGGCUGAGCGACUCCUUCCAAGAGAGAUUUAUAUCAUACAAAAGUGACAUACUGUUUUCAAACCACAGAGAAAUAGCUUAUCAGAAUUAUCCCUGACAAAUUGUUCUUGAGCACAUAGUAAACGACUUAUAGCCCUAGAAAGGAAAAACUACACUCAAAACAUUUGGAUAAAUGAGUACUGCCCAGGCUCUCUCCUGAAGUCUUACUGCCAUCUCUUGCUGCUGCCACAAGUAAGUAUGGAGAGCUGCAGCCAGCAGAUAGUAACUGGGAGGACAAAGUUGUCUCGUAUGUGCUGGGUUAUCUGCAGAUAGAGAUAGUGCCACAAAGACUAAUAAAUUAGAACGCAGCUUUCUUGGCUGCCCCCAAACUACAUUCAGGUUAGAACGUAAGAGUACUAUAUGAGAGCAAGUCUAAGAGAUAACAGCAAGUGGGGGGGAGAAAAGAAAAUCAAAACCAACUAACCAAAAAAAACCCAACUCAAACACUUAAAAACACUGUGUUCAUAAGCAAAACACUACUACAUACCAGAGAAUCCACAAAUGCCAAAGAAAAGUUAUUAAAACAUAAGGGAAUGUUUGCUAGCAUGAUACCACUGAGCCAUAUCAAGAUCUGUUUUGAAUACCCCCCAAAAAGUUACCUGGACAUUUUGCAUUGAAAAUCAGAAUGUUGUUUUUCCCCUUACAUAACACUGGCUUGAAAAUAACUGACUCCUCCUGCAGCUACACCAUUGCUUGAAUAUGUUGGAAAAGAUGGUUAUAGUUAAUAUAUCUAUUUUCAUUCACCUUAAAGAGGGCUUAAAUCUAAUUUAAAUUGUUCUGUCUUGUGUGAAAUAUGAUAGAGGUGUCUUGGGAAUUGCCUUAUAUACAUUUCACUAUUCAUACUGUAAAUUCCAACUGCCUGGAACUAUAGUUGGAACUAUUUUAACUGCGGUCUAUAAAAUGGUUUUUUUUAAUUUCUGAACUUUUCUAUUUCUAGAAAUAAAUUUUCUUUCAUUUUUAA